ACCUGUCAACCUAACUCAAAAGCUAAAAAUCAAACAUUGAGCGACUUGCAUGUGUGGACCUUAGUAUCAUCUUGUCAGCGGAGACCAAUUCCUUGAUUUCUGGCUAAGCUGGCUCAAUGCGGUGAUGCCAAAAAACGAUUCGCAAUAGUGAAAAUAUCAUUGAAUCUUCACUUUUUGGAUAAGUUUAGGGGACUAUGCUAUGCUUCCCGCAACAAUAGCGUUCCUCAAUUAGUAACCGCCCAGCGUGUAUUAUGUCAAUAGUUCCGGAGUUCUUGACAAACCCGGCUUGAUUCGCGAUUACUUGAACGUUGUCGCGAUUACGGUUGCCAAGAAUGCGUUCAAAAAUCUUUAUAGUAUAGUACAGCAACCGGAUCGGGCGGUAAUUUGAACGCUGCUGAACUACCUUUCUUUUUUCAUAUUGGAACUGUGAGGCUUUCUUGUCCGCCAGAUGGUAUUCUAUUUUCCUCAAUAACCCGAUUAAAGAAUUCACUGAGACACAGUGUUGAGUCCCAGCUCUUCGCUUUCCACCUCGUCGUGUCACAAUAACUUGCUACGUCACAUCGCCAUUGAAUGGAAUCGCAAAAAAUAUAUUCUCAGCCUGUUGCAAAGAGUAACUCAUUAUCGACUCGGUAGUUGUAGGACAAGCAAUUUGAGGUCAAAAAGAACCUCUUUAAUUGUUAUAUCGAUUAUGAUAAGGAUUUCGACAGCGUACCACAUACCCGGCUAAUCGAUAGCCUACGACUUUAUCGCACUGAUUCCAAAUUAGUAAAGUUUUUUUGGCGACAGCCAUGGAGGGGUGACAUUCCACCUCAUCAAUGCGUUCAUCUGAGGGUGCUAAUACCUCAGAGUCGAUCUAUAUACGUUGAGCCCCAUUUGAUUUUGAAUGGCACUGAACUCCCUUUCAUGGCUACUGAAGGAUGCUAGAGGAUGACAUCAAGCUAUAUGCUGGUACUGACGACCACCGUAGAAUUCUGUUGCGGAUAGUAGACAUGUUUAGCUGUGAUAUCCGGGUGGAAUUUGGAUUACAGAAGUGUCGAAUUCAACCCAUCCGCAAAGGCGAGGCGCAUGCCGGACUUAGAUUGCUCCUCAUCAGUACUUCUCACCUCACCAUCGCAAUGUCGCGGGAAGCUUUGUUCAUCGCCGGCACUGCAGGCCGCCGUGAGAAGUAUCUCCUUCACAACACUCUAUCCGCCGUUCCACUGCUGCUCAUAAAUAAAGCCGUGUUAAUUGAUUUACGAAACGAGACUUCAGUUGCUGGUCGGGUUACCGAUGUUGACGCCUACAUGAACAUCACAUUGAAUGAAGUCGUGUACAUAGAUCAAAAAGGAUUACAAUAUGAGUUCGAGAAUUUCAUGAUACCAUCCCGAACUCUACGUCAGAUACAUCUCCCAGAGUCAGUUGAUAUUGUUCCUGAACUGCGAAAGUUUUUGGAGGCAUUUGGUGCGAAAAGGACGAUGAAACAAGGAAGAACCGGAAAAGUGAAGAGGGCACAAGACAGGCAUAAGCACACGGUUGAAGCGAUAAACAAGAAUAAAAGUGAUAAGGAUGAAGUUUGAAAUAUUGUAAAAUAUACAGAUUCAUGUACAUAUGAAUAUCUCAAUUUUGUUAUGAAUAAAGAUGUAUCUUAGGGUUUUGUGUAAAACAAAAAAUUAUUAAAAUCGAUUAAAUGCAUCUGUCAACCUG